AUGAAGCUUCUUGUGGUGUUAUUGUUUAUGAUAGAAGGAAGAGCAUUAUUUCAAUUAGACAAUGAAAUAGUUGGUGAACCGAAGCUUGAAUGUAAUACAGAUGACAUCGUAUUCUCAUUUAAUACCAGGAAACCAUUCCGAGGAAACGUGUACGUACGCGGUUACUACGGUUCCAACGGAUGUAGUCGGCCAUUCGAUUCUCAACAUCAGUCGGGAGGGCAUCUUUCGAUUCGAAUAGGUGAUUGUGGAAUGAGAAGAUCUCGUCAGAUAGGUGGUCCACGUGGAGUCAAUCAACAUAUAACUGUUGUUGCUAAUUUCCAUCGACUUUUCACAACGAAAGAAGAUCGAACAUUCAAUGUUCGAUGCUUCUAUGCUCAUAGUGAAAGUGUUGUAAAGACUGAUUUGUCAGUGAGUCCGAUGGCUGAAGAAUCACUCGAACAAGCUGCCACAAUCAUUCCUCAAUGUACAUAUACACUGAGAGAAGGAUCACUUGAAGGGCCGAAAGUCACAAGUACACGUGUAGGAAUGAAAAUUUUUCAUCGAUGGGAAUGUGAUACAAGUGGAAAUUAUGGAAUUCUUUUAAGAGGAUGCACGAUUUUAGGUUCACGGGGAGGCGAGUCAGUUCCAUUUUUGGAUGACAAUGGUUGCUCGGUGUUACAUGACUUUCCUCAAGUCGUCUAUUCUGAAUCACUGACAACUGCUUAUAUGGCAGUUGAAGCCAUCUCAUUUCCAGAUCAACCGUCUAUUUCAUUCGCUUGUCAGAUCAGAUUAUGUGACAAAAGAAGCGAUGAAUGUCGUGAAAUGCAUCCUCCUCCUUGUCCAUUGGCUCAAAUUCCACAUAUACCGUUCGAUAAUAGAAUUGAAAAUACUUUUGACGGAAUCCCAGUUGAACCUUGGAUGAAAGAACCAUCUCCACCAAUAGAUGACAGUAAUCAGACUACAGUAAUCUCUGGUGAACCAAUGCCACGUUUAAUAUCAGAAGAAGAACAGAAUCAGAUCGCAUCGAAUCAUAUCGAAGGAAGAGAAAAACGAUUUGCUCAUCGAUUAUUCAAUAUCUCAUCUGAAAAUAUUUUUGUGGAUUUGAAUGAACCAACUAAAUUGGAAACUCCUGGAGCACCGGAAGAAUAUUCUGGAGCAUCAAUUGCGAAACCAUGCAUUUCAAUUGAAACAUUCUAUAUUUCUGCAUUUGCAGUUCUUUUUGUCUUCGUAGUUUCCAUUGGAAUGGUAUGUUUUGCCGGAAGUCAUGUGCUUAAAAAAGGAUCUGAAAAUUCGAUUUCUUCUCGAAUAAGUGUUCCAGAUGGAUAUUACGUCAGCAAACUUUAA